GUGUGACACCCACCGACAGUAAACAACACACUCUCUGGUAGCCGCGUGAAUAUAUUCAAUUAUCAGGGAGAAGAUCUUGUUGUUGGAGCGUUUCUAAUGAGUGACUUUAUGAAUGAAGCAACGAUGUGUUCAGUUGAGGCUUUGAGAGAGUUUGUGAACGAGCGACUAACUGCUGCUGCUGAAGAAAUAUUCCGAGUUUUUACUAAAACUAUCGUCGAGUACCAGAAAGAGAUCGACCGUCAGCGCACACUGCUGGACCUCGUGUGGAAACCUCAAGUAAAGUUACACAGGAUAGACCUCCUACAGCAACAUGUCUGUAACCAGAACCAGAACUCCAGUGUGGACCGAGAGGACCCAGACCCUCCACAGAUUAAAGAGGACCGAGAGGACCCAGACCCUCCACAGAUUAAAGAGGAACAGGAGGAACUCUGCAGCAGUCAGGAGGAAGAGCAGCUUGAACUGAAGCUGGAGACUGAAACCUUUAUGUUGAUUCCUGCUUAUGAGUUAAGUGACCCCAGUGAACCAGAACCAGAACCAGAGAGUGACCACCAGCUCCUCUAUAACAACGCUCAUGUAGCUGAGAGCCGAGACCAGAAUCAGGUCAAGCAUGAGGACUCAGGAUCAACUGGAAAUGUAGAGAAAAAAAUACUCCAGAAAAGUAAAAGUCACAAUAACAAAAUGUCCAAUUGUAACUCGUCUGACAUUCAACGUUAUACUGUUGCAGGUAAAAAGCCUUUACAAUGUGACACCUGUGGGAAAUAUUUCAAGUGCUUGUCAGCAUUGAAUGUACACCAGAGAAUGCACACCGGUGAGAAACCAUAUUCAUGCAACACCUGUGGGAAAAGGUACAGUCAGAUGUCCGUGUUGAAGGAUCACAUUAGAACGCACACGGGUGAGAAGCCGCAUAUUUGCCAGAUAUGUGGGAAAGGCUUCGGGCGUGGCAGUAACUUGAAAAUCCACGCGAGAAUCCACACUGGUGAGAAGCCGUAUGUUUGCAAGAUCUGCGGGAAAAGAUUUGGUUACACGUCAGUGCUGAAAACUCAUCUAAAAAUCCACACGCGUGGUCAUUUGGGAGGCUACGGUUCGGGAGGCAGAGCGGGUUUUCCAGCACUCAGAAGGCUGGCGAUUGGACCUCCGGCUCUGGCUCCCUCCACUGCGUGUCAGAGUGUCCUUGAGUCCGAAAUUGAACUCCAAAUUGCUGUGUCAUCGGCGUGUGGGGUAGUUUCUGUUCAGCCUUUGCGAUCAGUAGAUGAACGUGUGUGAAUUUGAAGCAUUUCAGCUUUGAAGACACACAUAUGAGGACACACACGAGUGUUUGGGAAGUCAUAUGAGAAGGCACGCACGUGAGAAGAUCUGCCGAUAAGAUACUUUUGAUGCCUCGUGUGUGAGAGGGUAUUUGUGGUCACACACACAGGAAAGACGUUUUUAAGAGACGAUUCAGUUCUGGUAGUGGUUGUAUUGUUGUGGUCAAAACUCACAAUAACUCACAGAUAAGAGGACACACUCAAUGAAAUACACUCCUGCAGUAACAACAUCUGUAUAACUGAAUGUAAAAUGUUUUAUUUAAAUAUGAUUUAGAUAUUUUAGUGUGACCGUUCCCUUUUGUGUAACUUUAUUUUUUAUAUUUCUGUUCUGCUGGUCAUAAUGUUUUGGCUGAUUGAUGUAUAUUUCUGUUGGCAACAGUAUUUAUUUAAAGCAGUCAGAAUCUCCCAAAUCUUUGUUUUCUCAAAGUGCACUGAUGUGGAUGACCGAUUGUGUGAAUCACACAAAUAUUUAUGACAUGAUAUUUAAGUCCAGCAUCUUGUGGUUUUUGUGGUUAUUGUCUCAACAGUUGUUGACUUAUGUCUGUUUAUGUGCCGACUCACGCCCCUUCUGAAGUUCAUUUGUCAAUAUCUUAUAAUAACUAAAUAAGAUGUCAACAAGCGUCAUACAACUACUGAUAAGCUUCGUCUGAUGAUGAUCCACAGAAGAUUUGGUAGAAAUCAGACCAUGAAGCUUUUUGUAGCUUGACUAACUGUCUUUCUAAAAAUAGAAAUGCAAAUUAGUAAAUCAGAGGUUAAACAUGUAAUCUGGGAAGAAACAACCAAAUGUGGCAAGAAAGAUGGAACAGAGAGGAGAAAGGGAGGCAUCUUCAUCAAAUGGGGUGGAGUGGACACAGGACAGAGGAAACAGUGAUGUCAGUGUUAAGAUUGGGACACUGUGCAAUAAACAAAACCCUGAAAAUGGAAGGGAAACAUCAGACAGGCUUAUGCGAGGGAAGAAGAGUCAGUGGGACAUGUAGUUUUGAGUUGUAGGAGGUAUGGGACAGAGAGAGAGAGAGAGAGAGGCUAGAGGGAUUACUGAGCAUGGAUAAGAGAGCACAGGUUGGGGUAUUUUUGGGGAUAUCUCCUUCCUUUGGGUUCCUGCUCAUGUAGAAUUUUGGCAAAACAAUAAAACGACAGCAAAUUACCACAAAUUACAAGUACCAUUAAGUAAAGCAGAAGUUCAAGAAUCAUAAAGGAUCGGAUAGACUAAACCUGGCAUGAAUACUGCCAAUGUGACACCGGAAGACAUCUUUAGAAUAUACAAAAACAUGUUGGCAUCUUCAUUGAUAGUCAGCACUGGUCUGAGAAUAGGACAUACAUUAAAUCAAUUGUAAUAAACCGUCUGUCAAACAUUUAUUAAUAGACUGCAGCAAACAUGAGGGAGGAUGAGGUCCUGGUUAUCGACAACCCCUCCCAUCCUCUAUGUGACACUGUGGCAGAGCAGAGAAGCUCCUUUAGCAACAGACUACUUCAUCUCCAUUGCACUAAGGAGAUCUUUUCUGCCUGCUGCAAUAAGACUACAACUCCUCCUCCAGCUGGAUCCAUCAGGGGAUGUUAAAAUCCCAAUAUUAUUAUUAUUUUAUGCUACAAUAUGUCAGAUUUUUAUUUAUAUCUUCCUACAGAUGUUUACUUAUUGUUUUUUUAUUCUCUGUUAUUUAUUUAUCCUAUUAAUAAAUCGUGACUUUA